UUCUUAGCUACCUUGCUAGAACAACACAACAUCAAAACCGUACCAUUUCACCCCCUCAUAUAAGUCAUCUACCGCCAAUCCAUUUAUUUUAAGUAAUCAAUCUAAAAUCUUCCUCUCAAAAACUAAAAUCUUCCAUUGAUUUUUCUAUCUCUUUCAAUAUCCACAAAUACAGAUUUAGCUCUUUAAUUUGUUCGAUUCAUCUCUGCACAAAAGUUACAACCCAAACUAUAAAAGAAAAUCUACUAUAAUGAGCUCAUCAGGUGGCGGUAGUGGAGGUUUGAACAGCUCUAGUGCUAUGGAUUCCCUCCACCAAAAUGCAUACUAUAACUAUCCUUCUUUCUCCUUCGCUGAUCAUCAUCAUUUUUCCGACGACAACGCGAUCAAGAACGACGUUAAUAAUCAAGAUAAUGGUUUUUAUUCAUCACUUUGGGAUGCUAUUGAUGACGGCGACGACCAUGCUGAAAUCCCGAAAUCGCCAUCGCCUUCUCCCGCUUCUCCUUCGUCGUUCUUUACCAUUCCUCCGGCGGCCAUAAGCCCUUCCGUGCUGUUGGACUCCCCUCUCUUCUUCUCCAACUCAAAUGUUCUUCCAUCCCCAACUACGGGUGCAUUUGGUGGAUUAAUUAAUGAGUGCUACAAGGAAGAAGAUAGAGUGGAUAAUGAUAAUUGCUUCCAAAAAAGUAGGGAUGCUGCCUCUUCAUCCAUGUUCCUACCAUCAUCUGUAGGUGCAAAUUCAUCAUGGCCGGAACAAGAAAUUCCAAUGCAUCAACCAAACAUAGGGUUUUCCAACUUCACCACAAAAGUUGAGCUAGAACCUCAACUGUCUGAAACCCAUACUACCAUCUCCCAUAAAAACGCAGUCAUGCACCAGAAAUCCACAUUGAUUCAUGCAUCACAGAACGUUAGAGCACAAAAAGCCGAGGAUGGCUACAACUGGAGAAAAUAUGGACAAAAACAUGUAAAAGGAAGCGAAAAUCCACGAAGCUAUUACAAAUGCACAUUCCAAAAUUGCUCCACUAAGAAGAAGGUUGAGAGGAACUUGGAUGGACACAUUACUGAAAUUGUGUAUAAAGGCAGCCAUAAUCACCCCAAGCCUCUUCAACCGUCUACUAAACGGUUGCGUCUUGGGAGUACUCAUCAACCAACGAGCUUCAUCGCGGCUGAAAAUUCUACAGUUUCCUCCGGCGAUGAGGAAUUUGAGCAGGGAUUUAUUUUCAAAGAUGAUGAAGACAAUGAGCCAAGAGCUAAAAGAUGGAAAAACGAAGAUGAAAAUGCAAGUACAACUGUGCGACAACCACGGAUUGUGGUUCAAACGACAAGUGACAUUGAUAUUCUUGAUGAUGGUUAUAGAUGGAGAAAAUAUGGACAAAAAGUAGUGAAGCAAAAUCCAAAUCCUAGGAGCUACUAUAGAUGCACGCAUCAGGGUUGUAUAGUGAGGAAACACGUGGAGCGAGCAUCCCAUGAUCACCGGGCAGUGAUCACAGCGUAUGAAGGAAAACACAACCAUGAUGUCCCUGUAGGACGUGGGAAUGGGACCUCCCUCAACAAACCUCAACAACAACCUCAGUCAGGAGAUUCCAUGAUCACUAAUACAGCACCUAUGGUGGCGUUGAGGCCCUCAGCAUUACCCAGCUACUCAUUAAAAUAUCAAAAUAUAUUUCUUAACGUGGAUCCACAAACCUCACAGAGUCAACAACCAAUUACUUUGCAAAUGUUGCAUAGACCUAGAGGGAAUUUGCAACACUCAAAUUUGGAGAAUUAUGAUAGGUCCAUUGAAAAGGAGUAACCUAAAGAAGAACAUUUUAGCUCCUUCAAAAUAAACUGAAAUCGUAAUGAACAAAACUAAAUAUUUCCCAAAUUUGUUCUGUUCUUUAUGUCGAAAGUGGUUGAAGAAUUCAAAGAUUUAAAACUUGUUAAAUAUGAGUGGUAGAGUAUAUGAUAUUGAAUCCAUGGUUCACAUUCUCAAGUGAAUAGAAAAAGGUUCCAGCCCAAUCCAAUAGAAGAUACAAAUAGAAAUCUCAUAUAAAAUGUCACUUACAAAUUAAAAAAUGAGUUAGCAGGUGUAUUAUACUCUUAAUUUGUUCUUGCAUGAUACAACUUACAAACUUCAACAAUGUAUGGAUACACUUUGUAUGUAUACGAGAAUAUAGAAAUUCGAUCUAGUAUUAACUAAAAUCGAAUAAAUAUUGUAUUGAGGAAAUAGGAAUGACUAUUGUAUUUUGUUGAUGUCAAUGAUAACACUUCAUUCAUA